AAAGGCUUUUAUUUGUUUGAUUUAGCCACUUUUCCAGCCAGCUGUGCCUCCCUCUCCUCUCCUAAACACCUCCCUAGUCUCGGUUGCGUCGCACUCCCCCCGUCUGUCACAGCAGGCUCCGCUAAAUCUGACGUGUUUUUCGCAUUUCCUGCACCAGAGACGCAGGCAGAGAGCGAGAGAGAGGAGUGUCGGAGGAGGGGAGGCAGCCAGAGGUAUGUCCACGGGAAGUUGAGCUCAAGUGGAUGAAACCAGGCCGUGCACCGAGUAGCCCCGUUUUUCCUCUCUCCACCUACCGCCCCUCCUCUCCUGCGGCUGUCUGGACGCAGCGGUCCGGCUCGAACAUCCCCCGAUGCGCCGCGGCGGCAUCUGGAGCCUCCCAACCCCGAGCACGGCGCAAUGCAACGCUUCCAGGGAGCCCGCCGCCACGGCUAACGGACUUUUCUAAAACCUCGGAGGUGGAAAAAGCCAUGACGGACACAUCUGGGGCCUUUGCUCGGCUGUUUUUCGCCAAGUUGUUCGUAGCGGUUUCUUCCCGUGCGCUCCUGGAGGCGGCUUCCCGGGGCUAACGGUCGCCGCUGCUGCAGCUGCCGAGCGUCACUUUCUGGAUUCAAUCUGUAGCGUUUUUCUACCAGCGGACGAAGGGAAAUAAAGAAAUUCAGCCACAGGAAAAGGCUGCAGAGGUGCCGAGCACUGCGCUCCCUCCGCGUCUGGAGGACCACCGGUUGAACGGAGGAGUUGGAUGAAGAAGGUGUUUCUUUUGGAGGCAACAUCCACGCCUUUCUCCAACAUGGUGGUGUUCAACGGGCAGCUGAAGAUCAAGAUCUGCGAGGCUCUGGACCUGAAGCCCACCGCCUGGUCCCUGCGUCACGCCGUCGGUCCCAAGACGCAGACCUUCCUCCUGGACACGUAUAUCGCCUUGAACGUGGACGACUCGCGCGUGGGCCAGACCUCCACCAAGCAGAAGACCAACAGCCCGGCGUGGAACGACGAGUUCACCACUGAGGUCCACGACGGCUGCAGGAUCGAGCUGUCCGUCUUCCACGACGCGCCCAUCGGCUACGACGACUUCGUGGCCAACUGCAUCAUCCAGUUCGAGGACAUCCUGCACAACGGCAGCAAACACUUCGAGGACUGGAUUGAUCUGGAGCCGGAGGGGAAAGUGUACGUUGUAAUCGACCUAUCGGGAUCUUCCAGCGAAGCGGCUGCAGGCUCCACCGACAAUGAAGAGCGGGUGUUUCGGCAGCGGAUGCGUCCCAGGAAGCGUCAGGGCGCCGUCCGUCGGAGGGUCCACCAGGUCAACGGACACAAGUUCAUGGCCACAUACCUGAGACAGCCGACCUACUGCUCCCACUGCAGGGACUUCAUCUGGGGUGUUUUAGGGAAGCAGGGUUACCAGUGUCAAGUGUGCACCUGUGUGGUCCACAAACGCUGCCAUGAGCUGAUUAUCACUAAAUGUGCCGGAAUGAAGAAGCAGGACGACACAGUCGGGGAGCAAGUCGGCUCUCAGAGGUUCAGCGUCAACGUCCCGCACAAGUUCAGCAUUCACAACUUCAAAGUUCUCACCUUCUGUGACCACUGUGGGUCUCUGCUGUGGGGUCUGCUGCGACAGGGACUCCAGUGUAAAGUGUGUAAAGUAAAUGUCCACCGGCGCUGUGAGAGUAACGUAGCUCCGAACUGCGGCGUCGACGCCCGAGGAAUCGCUAAAGUCCUCUCUGACCUCGGAGUCACACCGGACAAGAUCUCCAACAGCGCCCAGAGACGGAAAAAGCUUCCUCAGCCUCAGGACCCUCAGCCGUUAUCAGGGAUUCCUCAGACGGAGGACGACCGCUCAAAGUCAGCCCCGACGUCCCCGUGUGAUCAGGACGUGAAGGAGCUGGAGAACAUCCGGAAGGCUCUAUCGUUCGACCACCGUGGUGAGGAGCACAAAACACACCCGCUGUCUUCCCCCUCAUCUGUCGCCACGGUAACGAGCGACACCCACGCAGGAGACGGUGGCGGCGAUGGGAAGAGCGUCGGCGUGAAGGCCGAAGGAGGCCAGGCGAACGGAGAGGUGAAAGGUCAGAGCAUCCCAGAGAUCAAGAGGAUGAACCUGCACGACUUCCUGUUCAUCAAAGUUCUGGGGAAAGGAAGCUUUGGAAAGGUGAUGCUGGCGGAGCUAAAAGGCACCGACGAGGUUUACGCGGUCAAGGUCCUGAAGAAAGACGUGAUCCUGCAGGACGACGAUGUGGACUGCACCCUGACCGAGAAACGGAUCCUCGCUCUGGCCAGGAGACAUCCCUACCUGACUCAGCUCUUCUGCUGCUUCCAGACUAAAGACCGCUUGUUCUUCGUGAUGGAGUACGUUAACGGAGGCGACCUCAUGUUCCAGAUUCAGCGAUCGAGGAAAUUCGACGAGGCACGAUCUCGUUUUUACGCCGCUGAGGUCACAUCUGCUCUGAUGUUCCUGCAUCGUAACGGAGUCAUUUACAGAGACCUGAAGCUGGACAACAUACUAUUGGAUGCGGAGGGUCACUGUAAGCUGGCUGACUUCGGGAUGUGCAAGGAGGGAAUCCUGAACGGAGUCACCACCACCACCUUCUGUGGGACGCCAGAUUACAUCGCACCUGAGAUCCUCCAGGAGCUGGAUUACGGUCCGUCAGUGGACUGGUGGGCGCUGGGGGUUCUGAUGUAUGAGAUGAUGGCAGGACAGCCACCGUUUGAGGCCGAUAACGAAGACGACCUGUUUGAGUCCAUCCUCCAUGAUGAUGUCCUCUAUCCAGUCUGGUUGAGCAAGGAGGCCGUGUCCAUCCUGAGAGCGUUUAUGACGAAGAGUCCGAACAAGCGUCUGGGCUGCGUGGUGGCUCAGGGUCUGGAGGAGGCCAUCAAACUGCAUCCAUUCUUCAGAGAGAUCGACUGGACGCUGCUGGAGCAGAGGAAGAUCCGGCCGCCAUUCAAACCUCGCAUUAAAACCAAAAGGGACGUCAAUAACUUCGACCAGGACUUUACCCGCGAGGAGCCCGUCCUGACGCCAGUGGAGGACAACAUCAUCAAGCAGAUCAACCAAGAUGAGUUCAAAGGAUUCUCCUACUUUGGAGAUGAGACUGCGGCCUAAAUACAAACACACAAACAUGCAAUUCACCACACUGCAGCACACUUCCGAACACUUUCAGAGACACAGUAUUUAAAGAAAACCUCCUGAACUGUGACUGCUCCAGGAAUUAUACUAGACCAUUUGUGUUCCUCAUUAUGUGCUCUUGUUGUUUGUGCGUAUUUCAUCGAACUCAGCAUGUAAGUGCAGGUCGGACGCUCUUCUAAUGGACAAAACCAGACUUCUCGGAGGGAAGUUUUGAAGUACAUACACAGUCAAAGUGUUUUUGUGAGUGUGAGAGAGAGAAAUCUAAAUGUGUGUACAAGCGUGCAUGUAUGUGUUGUCGUGUAGAAUAGGAAGGUUCAUUUCUUUACACACUGUGCUGUAUCCUGUGUCUGUCUCUGUGUUUAACCAAUGUUUUUCUGCCCUAAAUGUGUAUGUGAACAAAAAGGAAAAAAAAGAUUGUAUUUAAAGAUUAAAACAAAAAAAAUGGUCUUGAAAAGUAAGAGACAAGAAAUCAAAAAAAAAAUUUUGAUGUUAGAAUUUUAGUCUCAAUCUUUGUCGGUGCUUUAUUUUGAAUUUAAGAGGCAAAUUAAAAGAAGAAGCACCAUAAGAGCGACACUUUGGCUUGAGUUUUGGUUUAUCUCAGCAGUUCUCCUUCCUUAUUUUAGCUUGUUAGAACAUUGUUCAUUGAGAACUGAAUGACACCAUUAGCUUGUUGCAAGCAGACCUAGCAUAGCUCACCACUGAGACAGACGACAAGUCAGACAAAAAACAACAAAAACGAGACAAAAUAUUGCAAAAAUGAGACACAAAACAACAAAAGAAUUAGACAAACGACUCGAAACAAACAAAAAGAGACAGAAAUUAAAUGUAGUCUCAAUCUUUGUUGGUGCUUUAUUUUGAAUUUAACUGGCAAAUUAAAAGAAGAGGCAUCAUGAAAGUGAUACUUUAGCUUUUUGAGUUUUGGUUUAUCUCAGCAAUUCUCGCUCCUUGUUUUAACUUGUUAUAACAUUGCUCAUUGAGAACCGAAUGGUACCAUUAGCUUGUUGCUAGCAGACCUAGCAUAGCUCGCCACUGAGACAAACAACAAAAUUUGGACAUAAAACAGCAAAAACAAGACAAAAUAUUACAAAAACGAGAUGCAAAAUUAUAGAAAUGAGACAAAAAAUGAGACAAAUGCCAUGAAACAAAACAGAGAAAAAAAAUAGACAUUUUAGUGUCAGUCUUUGUCAGUGCUUUGCUUUGAAUUUAAGAGUCAAGCUGGCAAAAUAAAAGAAGAGGCAUCGUGAAAGCGACACUUUGGCAUUUUGAAUUUUGGUUUAUCUCAGGUAUUCUCCCUCCUUAUUUUAGCUUGUUAGAACAUUCUUCAUUGAGAACUGAAUGGUACCAUUAGUUUGUUGCUAACAGACGUAGCGUAGCUCGCCACUGAAGCAAACAACAAAAGUCAGACAAAAAACAACAAAAAUAAGACAAAAUACAACAAAAAUGGGACACAAAAUAAAAGAAAUGAGACACAAAAUGACAAAAAAUGAGACAAACGACAUGAAAUGAAACAAAAAAUUGAGAACCGAAUGGUACCAUUAGCUUGUCGCUAACAGACCUAGCGUAGCUCACCACUGGGAAUUGUUUUAGCUGUUUUUCACAUGUUGUGAUACUUGAGAACUUCUCCAAUGAAGCCAAAUGUUGAGCUGAAUUCUAAAAUAUUAAAUGAGCCCUUUAAAAACAUUUCCUUCAAUUCAAGUGCUUGUUACUGAAACUCGUCGGACCCUCGUGGAGCAAAAUCUAAGUCCUUGAGUAUCUUCGCGACCACUUUAUCCUUGAGCUGCCUUGUUGUGUGUACAGAAACUGUUGGACCUGUUGAUGUACUGGACCUACGAACCGAACCCAGUGAUUCCACAGGAGAAUCGUGCACAGAGGAGUAUGUGACUGAAUGUGUUCAACUGAAUGUAUUUGCUCUGCUGUGUGUGUGUGUGUGUGUGUGUGUGUGUGUGUGUGUGUGUGUGUGUGUGUGUGUGUGUGUGUGUGUGUGUGUGUGUGUGUGUGUGUGUGUGUGUGUGUGUGUGUGUGUGUGUGUGUGUGUGUGUGUGUGUGUGUGUGUGUGUGUGUGUGUGUGUGUGUGUGCGUGUCAUCAUCUUGUUUUAUUUUUUUUAUUUAAAACAUCGUUGUUGAGUUGUUUUUACUGAAUCUUGUUGAAAAUCUUAAGAUUUGACAGAUUUCAGCGAGACUCGGCCGGUCAGAGACGCUGACCGUUGUACUUAACACCUUCUUCUUCCUCCUCCUGUGCCGCCUGAACAUGGAGGUAAAAUAAGCUUCAGAUUAGCAAACUGAGCUCGAAUUAAAACUUCUGAGGUGUUGCAGGUCAGCUUUGUGACUUUAUAUUGAACUGAAAACAUACAUCUUCAAGAAAACCCCAUGUGCAAUACUCUGAAAGCGUUUUUACUUUAGUUGUUUAGAUCUUUUGGUUCUUUUUUUAUCGAUUUCCUUCUCAAUCACACUUUUACUCGGACACACAUUCAAAAAGAACUCCUCUGAGUUUUACUUUAGGGCACAUUUUGGUCAGUUAACAUCAGCCUCUGUUACAUUCAUAUGUAAUUAUCAUGCACUAAUGUGCAGUUUUUGGAAAAUAUAAUAUCCAAUACACUUACAAAUAGAAGAACCUUAAAGGAACCUUUUGGGGUUCCUCACCGUUGCUACUGUGGAGGAACACUUUGAGUUAGAAAUGGUUUCUUGAGGAACUCCACAGCGGCAUUGCUCAACGAACCACUUUUUGGUUUCUGUUUUGACAUCAUCUUCUUACUAUAUUGUCAUUUUUUAUUAUUUAUUUUUUGUCCCCAAACAUUUAUUUAUUUAUUUAGAAAGUUGGGGACCUCAUCACUAUCGUUGUGAAUCAUUUGCACACAAAUCUGUCUGCAGAAAGUCUGAAAAGAUCCUAAUUUGGCCUAAUAUUCUAUUACAUUAAAAGCAUGUUUUCAGUAUUAUAUGGUACUGAUUACAGCAGGUUUGACUAAUCUGGUUUACAGGAACAAAUUGUAGUUAUUAGUAAUCCAGGAGACUGAUAAAGGAUUUAUAUGUGCAGUAAAAUGAAAAUCUUGGUGUCAAAGUUUAGAAAAACACAAACUUUGUUCUGAUGUUUAAGUUUUACAUAUGUUUGAAAGUAACCUUUUAACAUUUAUCUUUCAGUGUUAACUAUUAAUCAUAAGGAGAGAGGCAGAAGCGUUAGAGCCAAAGUAGCAUGUUUUUAAAUUGAUUUAUUUUAUCAGGAAUCAGCUAAAAUAAAUAAAUGGAAAAAUGCUGACUGUUGCAUCUGAUAUUCAGCCAACGCCUGCAUUAUAGGCAUGAAUAAUUACAAAGAAAUUAGAGUGGAGUGUGUUGGGUUGGUACGCUUUCACUCAGUUCCAGUAAAUUACCACAAACUACAAAGAGAUGAAUUUUGUCUGAUUAACAACCAUGUUCUUGGUUUUAUUGGAGCUUUUUCUCACUUUAAUUGGCAUCAAAUGUCCCAAGGCGAUUAUCAGUUUACUAUUAAGUUGCUCACCAAUAAAACAAAGUGUUCCCCAAAAAGACAAAGCUGAGUUCCUCGACUACUAGUUGGAGCAAAUCUGAACUAUUCUGAGACUUUUUUUCCAGCCUAAUUCAUGCAAACUUCACAAUAAAUUGGAGAAAUUGUGCAAUGAAAAACUGAUCCAGAUUGUGUUGAGGUUUGUUGAUGUUCAAAUUGAGAACCAUUUGAGCAUCAACAGUUUUCUCAGUUGACCAUGACGCCCAUUUCUUCACGUCUUAACCAGGUAGUUUUACCUGCCUGACCCGAAACAAACACACUGUGGAGAUACUAGCAAAACAAAAUGAGGUGUCUUUCUGAAUAUUUCAUCAUUUGUACAGCAGAAUUCCCUCCAGCUAGUGCUAAUAGUUGCAUAUGAAUGUAAUCUGAGAGCUGUGGUUGAGUUAUAGAACAGAUGAUAGUACAACAGGCUGUGCUGUACAUGUAGCAGUAAAAGCAUGUUGUAGCAGCAAUACUGGGAGCAGAUUUAACGUCAUGUUUAUGUACAUCUUUCUUCUUAAUGUGUCUCCUGUUGCGCCUUAGUUCAGCCUGUAAUUUAAAAACUGUUCGUCCCGCUACGACCCAACAGGGACGCCGCUUCCCAUAAGUCCUUUACGCAAAACUUCCAACAAAAACAUCCUCGGCGUAAGAGGCUCCUUUUCAGAGCACUGACCGAUGGAGAUAAAUUGAUUUGAGAUGAUGGAAACAGUAUUAUGCUACUUAUAGUGUCAAACCUUCACCUUCCUCUUGGUCAUAUGCAGAAUCUAACUGUAUGUUUAAGUGUUUUUAUGGAUUUAUUUUGCAGUCCCUGUACUUGUGAAGCUUCGUCUGUACAGUUUUGUCACCUGACCUGUGGUUUAGUUCAUUUAUGAAACCUCUCCCUGCCCCUCUGUGUGUCUUUAUGUUGGUAUUUUUUUUUUUAUUUGUUUUGCGCUACGUGCCAAAUGUACUGUAUUUUUAAAAGGAUGUGAAGGUGUAUUUUAAUUUUCAAAAUGAAUUAAAUAUCAUGAUGUCAAAGAGAAA